CAGGCUUGGAUAUAAUUGACGUACAUCGUCGCUUUCUUAAUCUCCAUCAGCUUCAGUUCCCGACUUGAUAUUCUCAAAACACCAUCACUUUCAAUUCAGAAUACCUUUACCUUCAUACAUUCAUACAGUAUAUAUUACAUGUAAUUUAUAUUCACCGCAGUUCAACUGACCCAACUCGACAUUGCCAUGACGCUCUCCUACCGACCAAACUCCAACGCCGACGUGGUCAAACUGUUCGUCCUGGAGACGGACGAGCCGCAUCCCGACACGCAGACGGAAAGAGGCUCCUUCGGCGAGAUUGUGUUCCACCACUUCUACCGCGCCGGCAUGGAUCACCACCCCCCAUUGGGCGUCGAAGUGUCGCAACAGUUCAUCGUCACCGAGAAGGGCGGUACCAUGCCUACCUACGCCGACCUGGAACCUUACGACGGGAUUUUGAUCACAGGAAGUGUGUACGAUGCGCAUGGGGAGGAUCCGUGGAUCCUUCAGCUGCUGGAUCUCUUGAAAGAACUCUGGACCCGCCGACCCGACUUCCACUUCACAGGCGUCUGCUUCGGCCACCAAAUCAUCGCCCGCCUCCUCGGCGCCGAAGUGCGCCCCGCCCCCUCGGGCGACUGGGAACUAGGCCACUGCGCCAUCGACCUCAAGCCCGUCGGCCAGCGGCUCUUCCGCACCCGCGACGACAAGAUCUACCUGCAUCAGAUGCACCAGGACCAAGUGGUGGCGCCGCCGACACCCGAGAAAUCGGGCGGCUUGCUGUCGGAAGACGGCCCCCGCGUCGAGGUGUGGGGAUCGUCGCCGCACACGGCCGUGCAGGGCUUGUACUGCGAAAACCGGCUCUUCACGUCGCAAGCGCACCUCGCGUUUGACGAGGCCAUGGUGCGGAGGCAGAUCCAGAUGAGGGUGGAGGCGGGGUCGAUUCAGGAUUGGGAGCAUGCGGAUCGGGCGGCGGAGACGGGGCACUUGGAACAUGAUGGGCGGGCGGUGGCGGCAGCUAUUAUGAGGUUGUUCCAUUAUGAUGAUGAUGGGAUGCCGUGAUAAGAGGUGGGCACUGUGAGUUGGACGAAGACUGUAUAGACAGUGUCGUCACUCUCAAAAUAUCGGGCUGUU